GCCAAUCCAGUCUAAGGAGCGAAGUCGUACCUCUGUAAUGUUCACUUGGUAUGAGGUGAGAUAUGAUGGAUCCCAUGUUCUUGCCGGCAAAAGAAAGAGUGGUGAACUGCAGUCAGCAAUAGCUAGUAAUCCUUACUCAACAUCUUGACUGCACGGAGUUCCGGACCAUGGUAGUGCUUACGCCCCCGUUUAUUCUCACCCGCGACUCAGCAUCUCUGAGAUUGGAAACAAGACUCGCACAGCACAUUUUCAUCAAUUUGACUCAAUAUGGCUUCUGCAGAAUCUGGAGAGUACUUUUCUGUUUCUACCAUCGCGGUGAAUCCCGACAGGAUUGGCGAGGCCCAUGCCUGUCUGGCCGAAGUUGCCGAAGCCACCUUGAAGGAGCCAGGUGCCAAGAUCUACAGGUUCUACAAAACUGAAGGCAAAGACGAAUUCGUAUGCAUGGAGAAGUUUACUGAUCGAGACGCGUAUGCGGCACAUGUUAGUUCAGAGCAUGUGAGGGAAUGGGCAAAGAAAUACUUGGACUCGGGCAUCUUUGUUAGGUCUUUUGAGUUCCAUCCUCUUGCUAAAGAAGGUCCUGGAGCUGGAGGGUUCGAUCGACCUUAGACAGUCAUUGCACAACAGGCUUUGGUAGUUAUCUAAUUGACUUGGCAAAUUGCCAUGGAACUAUCGGUCGUCCAGAAAGACAGCUAGCAUUGCGUGGAUUGCAGAUGACUUGCGUGAGUUGGGGACAGGGGUACAGACUGAUAAAAUAGGAUGCCAAAAUAAACUUAGUAAAGGUCCCCCUAAACUUAGG